UAAUAUCCUAAUGAUUUUUGGCAUAAAAGAUAAAUCUAUAAUUUUGACCCAUACAAUAUAUUAUUUGCUACAAAUAUCCCUGUGCAACUUAAGACUGGUUUUGUGGUCCAGGGACACAUAUAGACAUGUACAGAGAUAUAAUUAGGCUAUAGAUUAAAGAUUAGUUGUGUAUUUUGUCCAGAAAACCCAAGUUUAUCCAGCUUUAGAAGAUAGAAAGCACUUCUUGACAAAGUUGUAGUCCACCUUAAGCUCAGAUGGGCCUCCUGCCAGUGCUCUGUGAAUGUGAUAUGGGCACUCCCUAAAGACACGGACACAAGUGUACUGACUGCUUUGCCUGCUGUAGUAGUUUUUCUAAUUACAGCGGAGCUGUCCACUUCAGCACCACGCACGCACAAUGAAACCAUGAAACCUCAAAUGUCUGCUGCAUUUGCACCUCUUCAUGAACCCAUCAGGUGAUUUUGAGGAUGAUAUUGGAGUCCAUCCAAACUCUCAGAUGUGCAAAAAAUUUCUAGAGCAUACAAGAUGACCAGUGUGAUUAAUCAAUUGCAGAGAACAGGCGUUGUGCUAUAGGACAGAUCUGCAGGUUGCUUUUGGUCGGUUAUGUCUCAGUCGGGUAAAAUCCUCCACCUGUAUGUAGAGGUGAGAUCUGUCACUGAUGAAGAAGGAAAAGACCUGGGAGAUGUGGAGAAAACAGACUCCCUCAUGUUGACAGCACCAGACAUCCUUCAGUCAUCGCAGUAUGUUGGCUCUAAUGCACCACAUGGCCGGACGUCCCCACGUGGAGUCCUGCAUAAAGGUGGAAGCAGCACCCAGAGCUUGGCCUCUGGUAAAUCAACAUCUAGACACUCUGUAAGUUUUCAGCUACAUCCAGGACAUGGCUCAGACCAACCGGUGACCCAACAGCAGAAAAGCUUACCUUAUGAUGAGAUAAACCAGUUACUGUCUGCCCUUCAGACAGAUCCCGCUGGAAAUACAUGUCAUUUGGUGUGUGCUCCUUCUGAACGUGACCCCUUCUUUGGGAGGGAACAUCACUUGUCAGGACGGUUUACUGCCCCUCCUACUCCUAGUGGAACUCGUAAAGCUUUCAGCCCAAUUAAGAUGAAGGGAGGAGAUGAAGGAAGGCGAUCUGUUGCCACUUUCAGUUACAUUGAAAAAGCUAAAAUUAAAUCAGUAGAGGGUCAGUAUAGCUCUUUGUGCCAAAGCGAGCCUCAGAAUCCUUUCAACAGAACCAUGGAGGAAAAAGCUACCCCUCUUCACCUCAGGAAAAGGCUCAGUGACCCAGUGUGGUUCAACAGCCUAGAGUCCAUGAACAACUGUAGUUCAAAACAGCAUAGUCAAGGUUUGGGGAACUCACAUAUGGGUAACACCAGCUUUAGGAGGGCAACUCUAGACUCCAUUGCCAGAGAAGCCACCCAUCGAGCAUUGGAGGAAUUUGGUUCCCCACAACUAAGGCAAAAAUUGGCAGGCAACUGUCCUGAUAGAAGUCAUAAUGUCAGGACAGGAGAGCAGCGCCGCUGUCGGUCUUGGUCUGGAUCACCUGUGAUACCAUGCAGUUCUAGAACCCUUCCCACUAAAGCAACAAUAAUGGACCAUGAGCGGAAUAGUCAGUUUAAUAGAAUUCCUAGGAGCCCUGCUACAGACCAACUGUCUAACCAUGCCAAACAAGCUUACUUUAACAUGCCACACUCAACCGCAAACACUCAGGAGGUCUCAAACCAAAGAGUGCAAGGGUAUAGGUAUCGCCCAAAUUUACCAUCUGGUAAGCCUACAGCUAUUCAACAUGAACUACCAGCUAUGAUUGUAACUCAACCAUCAAGCUAUCAACAAAUCAGUCAUUCCAUAAGUGAUAGUCCACGGCAAGCCCACAGAGUUAAUUUCAACCUGGCCAACUUCAAAAAUAAGUUAGAAGAAGGAGCUAACCAACUGAGUGGAAGGGGCAGCGCAUCCCCAGCCACAAGUCCCGAUAUGGCUCGUAAACUAGCCGAAGAAGCCACCAAACUUUCCAUACUUAUGGAAGCUAGGAGGUCUCCAUCCCCAACUCCAUCAUCAACAGACACAGUAAGGUCUGACAGUCCCCAGUUGGGACAUUCAAGAGAGCCUCAGCUCUAUGCUAGCUUCCAGGGCACUGGAACUCACUCUAAUUGCAACCUUCCUGUUCAAGAGCACAACUGGAAACAAGAGUCUAUCAAGACUGGUCACCACUCUGUUCAAACAACUCCUCUUUUGCCCCACAUUGGAAGUACAUCUCCAGCAGCUCCAGCAAGGUUGAACCGAUCAGAUGUAAUAUCAUCCUCUCCCAUACGAGACCCUCGGAUAGAGAGAACACAGUUGGUUGGGAAGGACAGCCCGACUUUGCAUCGGCACCUGCCUUCCCAGUACACAAGGGACAAUCAUACACCUAGCUAUGAGCGUAGGCAGUAUGGGACACUCAGAGGUCACAAAGACAGCCCAGAUAGCAGCAGGAGACCUUUCACAAGGCCUAACCUAGAGACACCAAGCUGGACCACUCAGCAAAAGCAUGGGAUAGAGGAAUGCUUAGCCAGAGAAAAGGGAAACUUGAGGGAGUUGGACAGUCAUAAAAUGAGUAGUCCAACAGCACCAGUCUCCCAAGAGAACCAUUGUAGGGUCUCAUUGCAGAAAAAUGAGAUAAAAGCUGACACUAGGACUAACAAGGAGUGGAGUGGUACAGCAUCACAGAGCUCCAGUGGGGUCACAGGCAGCCUUAUAGAGGGCACUCUACAUGACAAAGAUUGCAUAUCCUCGGAGACAUCUAGCAAAACCAGCCAGAAGAGUCCUGACUCUGGAAACACAGCGAUACAGUCUGAAAGUGGACCAUUUUCACUGAAGCCUUCCUUGCACUCACAGAAGAUUGCUCGUGCCAAAUGGGAGUUCUUGUUUGGGUCCCACUCUGAUCAACAAGAUCAACAUGAAACAAAAGGCUCCUCCACUGCACCCUCCAGUGGUUGUUCCAGUGAGUCUCCGACACCCAUUCCACCCUUGUCUACCCCCGUUAGGCCUAUAACAACACACUCAAGACACUGUAAAUCAACUGGCUCUUCGAAAUCCCCAUGCCACAAUGUACAGCAUGUUGACAUGGAGUUGAUAAACCAUCAUCCCACAGUGGGGUCUUCUAAUAAGGCGGGCAUCAUCAAACGUAGUGUCAAAUAUUCAGAGACAGACAUAGAUGCAGUGCCCCUGCGCUGUUACAGGGAAACAGACCUUGAUGAGGUGAUGCUGGCAGAACAGGAGGAGGUGGACUCUGCAUUUGGCAGCAACCGCAGUGUGCUGGACACCUCAGGCACCAGCAGCAGCAGCCCCCUGGAGGGAGUGCUAUGCCCACACACAGAUGGAGAGGAGGAGCUGCAAGAUGAAGAGGUGGUGAGCUGGGCCAGUGUGAGGAUGCAAGGCGACAAAAAGAGGCAAAAUGCCACACCUGAGGGAGAUGAGGUGUUUAGUCGACUGCUGAGAGGUCCCCUAGAUUGGCAGCCUGACAGCCACACGGCUUUGAAGUCCCCCAUCUCUGUCACCAGCCCCUGCCGAAUCUCAUCAGAUGGUUUGGACUCUUUCAGCAAACACUUUGAGAGCAUUAUGGAGUCACAUCGUGCUAAAGGUACCUCUUAUAGCAGCCUGGAUAGUGAAGACAUCACCCCUAGUGGCCCACCAGUCUUCACUUUUGACUUUCCGACCCUCACUCCUGAGAUCCAGAGUCAGAUCAGUGAAAGUGCCAAGCAGAUCAUCGAACUGAACUUUGCUCCUCUAACGUCCCCCGAACCACCUGCUGCGUCUGAUCGCACAGAGUGUGUGGCCUCCCAGGACCUGUACAGGGAGGACCAGAGCAGUGUCUAUGAAGAAGAGAGUCCAUUCUGCAGUGAAUCCUGCUCUGAUCAAGCCCGAAGGCCUGAUUCUGACACAGAUGCUGGCAUAAGAGAGAGGCCAUCACGGCCGCUGUCUGAAUCCGAUCCAGAGGUGGCUGAGCGAUUGGCUGUGGGCAGCACUGAAACUCUGGCCAAUGGCAACAAAGCUGACCUCCAAGCUGCAAAACGGCUGGCCAAACGUUUGUACAACCUUGAUGGAUUUAAGAAGUCAGACGUGGCACGUCACCUGAGCAAGAACAAUGAUUUCAGUCACAUGGUGGCGGAGGAGUAUCUCAGUUAUUUUAACUUCUCAGGGAUGAUGGUGGAUCAGGCGUUAAGAGUGUUUUUGAGAGAGUUUGCCCUAAUGGGAGAGACACAAGAGAGGGAGCGAGUAUUAUCUCAUUUCUCUAAAAGAUACCUCCAGUGCAACCCGAACACCAUUCUAAAUGAAGACAGUGUUCACACACUGACUUGUGCCCUGAUGCUGCUCAACACUGAUCUGCAUGGUCAUAACAUCGGGAAGAGGAUGUCCUGCACGCAGUUCAUUAGUAACCUGGAGGGGCUAAAUGAAGGCCAAAACUUCCCAAAAGAUCUUCUCAAGGCUCUCUACAACUCUAUCAAAAAUGAAAAGCUGCAGUGGACAAUCGAUGAGGAGGAACUGCGGAAGUCUUUCUCUGAGCUGGAUGGCAGGAAAGACUCCACAUCGCACACUAUGAAGCGGAUCAACAGCAGUGGAAACCCCCUCGUCAGUGUUGGACAGCAGUCCAGCGCUCAGGUCUACAUGAAUGGCUUUCUCGUGAGGAAAGUUCACGCUGAUUCUGAUGGGAAGAGAACUCCACGAGGUAAAAGAGGAUGGAAGACAUUUUAUGCUAUCCUAAAAGGACUGAUUCUUUACCUUCAAAAGGAUGAAUAUCGUCCGGAUAAGCAGCUGUCUGAUGAGGACUUGAAGAAUGCAGUAUCAAUCCAUCAUUCUUUAGCCAUGCGGGCAGCAGACUAUAGCAAACGACCCAAUGUGUUUUACCUUCGCACUGCUGACUGGAGGGUCUUUCUUUUCCAGGCCCCCAACGCAGAGCAAAUGCAGUCCUGGAUAACCCGCAUCAACACGGUGGCAGCCAUGUUCUCUGCCCCUCCCUUCCCAGCAGCCAUUGGCUCCCAAAAGAAGUUCAGCCGCCCUCUUCUGCCAGGCUCAAACACCAAGCUCUCACAGGAGGAGCAGCUUAAGUCUCACGAGACACGGUUUCGAGCCAUUUCUGCUGAGCUCCAGGAACUGCACUCUACGCCCCAAGACCGCAGGACCAAAAGCAGGGACCAAGAAGAGUACAAGCAAAGGGAAGAGUAUCUGGACUUUGAGAAAACACGCUACGGAACAUAUGCAAUGCUGCUGAGAGCUAAGAUCCGCAUAGGGGAAACGGACCUGGAGGCGUUUGAGGCCCAUUUGUUUGAUGACGGCGGCCUGCAUAGGGCCCACUCCAGCCCCACGUUACCCCAGGACAACAGCCAUGCCAGCAGCACCAAAGAGUCGAGCAGGAGCAGCGGCAGCAGCAAGAGGACCAAGCGCUCAGACGGUCAGAGACACAGCUACAGACAGGCUGUCAAACAGUGAGAGAACCCAAGUGGAAGGGGUUGUUUAUCUCCAUUCAGGGGCUGAAUAUAGAGCGCUACCAGGACGGCUGCAGUUUACUUUGAUGGCUGUUCUCAAGUCGUCAUGAUUAAGAAACUGUGGUUGGGGUUGCUGUGCCCCACGUGACCGCUGGUAAAGCAUGCUUUCUGGCCGGUAACCGCAAACCCAAAUCUGCCAGUGGGCAGAUGAGAAGGAGCACCAGCCUCACAUUGUCUUAUUUCAGUCAGUGUGUGUUUUCGCAAAAAACCUGUUUGGUUUAUCUGUGUAUUAUGCUUGUUGAUCGUCGGUUUAAACACUCGUGGCUUUUCAUUUGAACAAGCAGAAGUGCAAACUUCGUCUGGUGGCCCUGGGAGCGACAGCCAAAUGAGAAGCGAGCCUCUUUAUCGUGUGAACAUGUGUUGUUCACUUUAUAUAUUUAAAGCAUUGUAGAUUUUGCUUUUUAGAUCAUUUCAUCAUUUGAGGUCGAUCAAGCGCUUUAACUCCUUAUGGGAAGUUCGAGAACUUAGUCUGUAUAGUCCUUUAAACCUUCUUAAAGCACGUCUCAAAGCAUGCCUAAGAUGUUUGAAGACAAUCAGUUCCUCAUUUGGUACAAUUACUAAAAAUAUGAAUGCAUUAUUUCUCUUUAUACCACGACAGCGGACUAGUGAUAAUGACAGUGCAAACAGCAUUUUCCUUGUGAAAAACAGAUGCACUUGUAGUGUACUAGUGUAUUUUUAAGAAACUGUACUUGAGGAUAAUAUAAUAUUAAUGAAAUUAAGGCCAUUGAUGUGUACUUAGAGUACUCUUUCUUGACUGUUUCGUAACACUUUGUAAUGAUGUCAGAUUUAAAGUUACAAUUUAAAUCGUUAUGUUUAAAUAAUCUACUGUUGUGCUUUAAAGUAGUACAUGUAUUUUGAUGUGUUGACUAACAUAGUAAAGCACAUUUAAAGUGUUUUAUUUGAUAUUACAUUUAAGAUAAUUAUAUUUUAAAUGUACUAAAUUGCAACUUUAUUAUAAUGUGUAAUUAGAAAAAUGUUUAAAAUAUAUGAUAUACAAGUUUCAGCAGGACAUUAAAGUGUAUUGCAGUCUUACCAUAAAUGCUUGUCAGUAUAUUUGGCAGUAGAUUUUAACCAUAUUUUAAAGGUAAAGUUAUUAGGAAAUUACAGAUAAAGAUUUACUAAGUCCUAAUUGAAAUGCAAUUAAUCGUAUUUAAUAUAAUAAUACGUUAUCAUUUAUUUGCAAAUAGGUCUCCAAUAAGUACUCUUUUUAAAAGUAUGCUAAAGUGCACUUUUUUUUCACAAGGGAUUACUUUACACGCUGUCAUCAUUUCAACAGGAAUGUCUGAGUGACUUUACCUAGUGCACAAUGACAAACUGACCAAUUACCAUGUGAAACGGAUGUUAAAAUCCAUCACAAUAAUCGACCCCAUCGUAAUAUGUAGUGUAAUGUGUAUUUAAAAUACCUAUUGAGCUUGAGAAUGACGUGAUGCAAAAUCUGUGUUGAAACCCUUUGGCUAUGGCCGAGCCAUUGAAUUCUCAGGCACUCAUUUUCAAAUUUUUGAUCCAUUCAGUGCUGUGGUAAAACAGGAGGCACUAAAAGCUGGUUUGUUCAGAGUAACCAUGUCUUAUACCUCAAUUGCACUGAGAGACCUGCUCAAGGGAGUGUGAUUUGGUCGGAAAUAAUUCUACCUGUUUACAAACUGGUGUGUUCUUAUGUUCAAAUGAAUUUGUGUGAAGUAUUGCUUUAUAGGAGAGUGAAGGUAAGCUUCUAUGCUGCUUAUCAUAACCUCAUGAAUUGUCCUAUUGAUAUCAGAAACAUGACGGAUCCAAGAAAUUGUAAAACCUGUAAAACAACACUCUAAUGCAAAUCCAGGUCAUGAAGAUCUAAACUGACUGUUAACACUGCCAGCAUAUAGAUCAAAUUUAGACAUUAAGGACACAAAAUACAAAAAAAACAAAAACAAAGCAAAAUGAUUUUGAUAUGAUCUGGGACCCAAACUCCAUCAAAUGGCACUUCAAUAGUGUUACGCUUCACUGCACUAUGAAUAAUAGGUGUAUUUAAUGAAGAGUUAUUUAUAUAUUUUGAACAUUUAUUAUCUGUCUUGAGUAUUUGUUUAUGACUGAAGCAUAUUGACAAAAAUUUAUAUACAAGUUUUUAUAGGGAGCACUCGACCACUACAAGUAGUUUGGUGUCACCCAAAGAUUUUGCUGUAAAUGUAACUUAUUUCUUUUUUUGUGUUUGGUGUGUUGUCCAUUCUAGCUGUAUAUAAUGUGAAUAUUAUGUUACAGCCGCUCAGUAAAAAAUGCUAAAAUGUUUGUAUGUUUUGAAGGCAUAGGCAAAAUAAAUCUGUUUUGAAA